AGUCUGGAGAGAUCGGAACUUUCCACAUUGUCUAAUUUCCUCCCCACGAGUCUCAACACAGACAGCUGCCAGAACCUUCGCGAACCAUUCUCCACUCCACCGCCCCAGUCCUGAUUUCCCCUAAUCUUCUCUUCUUAAGCUCUUCGCUCCUCUAUACCCUUUCUUUCAUAUUUUGCGUCCUAAAACUAAUAGCGUACAGCUUCUACUCAGCGCGACAUCUUGAUCUUAUUUCAUUCAGGCAUUUUUACAAACGCUUGCAGCGAUGGCUGACGAUGGUGCCGUUACGGUCUACGGCGGCAGUGCGAUUACUGACGCUACUGCCGCCAAGAAGAACCCAUUCUCCAUCAAAGUUGGGAUGGUCCAAAUGCUGCGAGGCGGAGCAAUUGUGGAGGUUUCAUCCAUGGAUCAAGCCAAGAUCGCCGAGUCCGCCGGCGCUUGUUGCGUCCUCGUCUCCGAACCCAACACAUCCGGCAUUUCUCGCAUGCCUGACCCGUCACUCAUCAAAGAAAUCAAGGGGUCCAUCGCAAUUCCCAUAGUGGCGAGAGCCCGAGUUGGGCAUUUCGUCGAGGCCCAAAUCCUCGAAGCUGUUGGAGUUGAUUACAUCGACGAAAGCGAGGUUUUAGCCAUCGCUGACGAAGAUCAUUUUAUUAACAAGCAUAAUUUCCGUGCACCUUUCGUGUGUGGCUGCCGAGAUCUCGGGGAGGCGUUAAGGAGAGUGAGAGAAGGCGCGGCGCUGAUAAGGACCCAGGGAGAUUUAAGGGGUUCCGGCAAUAUUGUUGAGACGGUUGGCAAUGUGAGAAAAGUGAUGGGGGAUAUCAGAGUCUUGAACAACAUGGAUGACGAUGAAGUUUUCACGUUUUCUAAGAAGAUCCAAGCGCCUUACGAUAUCGUGGCUCAAGCGAAGCAAAUGGGGAGGCUGCCGGUGGUGCAUUUCGCGGCUGGAGGAAUAGUGACCCCUGCAGAUGCGGCGCUGAUGAUGCAAUUGGGUUGUGAUGGUGUGUUCUUGGGAUCAGAUGUUUUUGAUUGUCCUGAUCCUUAUAAGAGAGUUCGGGCUAUCGUCCAGGCAGUGAGGAACUACAAUGAUCCAGUUAUCUUGGCGGAGGCGAGCAGCGCUUUGGAGGAUACAUUGGCUGGGCUAAAUCUCAGUGAGAACAGAGUUGAACGAUUUGGUGGUGGUGGAGGUAGCUAUUGAUGAGAUUUUUUUUGUUGAAUAGGGUCGUACUAUGGGGGAGUGUCUCCGCUUGGGCUUGUAGGAGCUCAUUUGCCGUGUAAUGCUGCCUUCAGAGGAAGUUCUUGCGUUUCUGUUGUAAGCCUUUAGUUGAUUGCCUCGCGUCUUGGUAGAUUUUGACAUGUAAUAAAUAAGUGAUGUACUCCAUAAUCUAUAUUAAUACAUAUCCUUGACAGUUUUCCUUA